AUGUCAGUGUCCAAUAUAACCGCCGUCCCAGGUUCGGUGAACGACAUCACCGAACCGUGGGUUCUACAGAUCUUCAACAACAUCGACCCUGAUGUCACCAUCACUCAAGUCGACAUCACUGGACCAAUAGGAGAAGGGCUUGGAGCCAUGAGCGAUCUUGUUGCCUUGGUUACCACAGGGACCAAGAACGGUAAAGAAGAGCGGUACAGUCUGGUGGUGAAGCUGACAAGCUUCCGAUGGAUGAAAAUGGCGGAAUACUUGUCUGUGGAGGACUACAUCAUGUUUGAUACGGGGGAGGUCAAGUUCUACUCUGUGGCCGUCACAGAUUUUCUAUCACUAUUUAGUAUUGAAAACCCGGAGUCUGAAGUUAAAACCAAGUCAGAAGGUUAUAACAAAUCUUGUAGAAAUGUCUUGCCGGUUCCCAAGUGUUACUUCACCGCGAGUGACCAGACCUCUAACAUGUCUGUCCGAGUUCUGGAGAAUUUAAAAACACGAGGAUUUUCAAUCAAGUCGUACCCGCAAACGUUAGAGGUUGCUGAGAUGAAGUUGACGGUAGGAGCUCUGGCCCGGAUCCACGGUCUUUCUCAUCGGCUGGAACUCCAGUUAGGAACCCGCCUACCUGACAGGUAUGACUGGUUCGUGGAAAUGUACACAACUGAAAAACAACCGUGGUACUCCAAGUACUACAAGGAGGGGUUGGAGACUUUCGCAGCAGCUUUUCCUGGUAAGGAGGGUCUGAUGGAGUGUCUGAGGAAGCUGGAUGGUGUAGCGAUUUUGAAAGAGGCAGUGGAGAACCCCGCCAGGGUGAAGGUGCUGUGUCAUGCUGACUGCUGGAAUAACAACAUCAUGUUCAAGUACGAAGAUGGAAAAGCCGUAGACGUCAAGCUUGUGGACUGGGGGAUGGUGUCCUACCGGCCGCCGACCUUUGACCUGGUUUACCUCUUCAUUUUUCAAACUUGGGACAUUUUGCACAAUCACCGGGCCGACAUCUUGAAACAUUAUUACCAAGAACUACAGAAGACUUUGGGAGAAAACAAAGCCACUGGUCCACAGUUGUACACGCUGGAUCAGUUGGAGGCAGACUUCCGAGCUGACAUGAGGUUCGCCGUGUACCAACGGCUACGGCUGGCGUACGGAAUAGCUCUACUCCCCAGCCAACUAACAGACCUGCUGAGGAUCGUGCAGCAGUUGAAAGAAUGGGGAGUCAUCUGA